CAAAUAAAAAAUUGUGAAGAUACUCUUCUUCCCAUUUCAUUUUCCCUUUUAGUAUAUAUAUAUAUGAAUCUACGCUAUCCCAGAUGGAGGAAUAUCCGAGUUUUCCUGUUUGUUCGACGCAUUUUCGGGGAAAAAGUAAGGAUCCUUUUCUCUUUAAACUCUGCUGCAAGAGAUAAAUGCCGCGCCUGCUUCAUGGGACGCUUCAAGCCGAUAUAUAUGGAAUCGACAAGCUUCGAACUGGAUGUCCUAUUUUCUGCGGGAAGGAUAAAAGGUCGGCCAAAAAGUUUCUUGCUGGAGUGAAGAGACGCAUUCUUUGCUGUCCCGAGAUUGUUGGCUCUCAAAUGUACGCAACACUCGAUCUUGAUAAGGCCCGAGUUGGCCGAACGAGAAUCGUGGAUCAGCCAAACAGUCCUCAAUGGAUCGAGCAUUUUCGUAUAUACUGUGCUCAUACACUGUCACAUGUUAUAUUCACAAUAAAAGAUGGAAGUGUAGUUGGUGCAACAUUAAUUGGAAGAGCUUAUGUGCCUGUUGAGGAUAUCAUUAAGGGAUAUGUAUAUGAGAGAUGGGUUGAAAUAUUAGAUGAAGACCGCAAGCCAUUAUAUGGUCGUCCUAAAAUCCAUGUAAAGUUACAAUUUUCAAGUGUUAUUGAAGACAGGAACUGGUCCCAAGGAAUCCGGGAUCCGAAGUUCGGUGGUGUACCAUUCACAUUCUUCAAGCAAAGAUGGGGUUGCAAAGUUUCUCUUUACCAAGAUGCUCAUGUUUUAAACAACUUCCUCCCUCGAGUUGGGUUGUCAAGAGGGAAUUUUCAUGAAGUUCAUAGGUGUUGGGAGGACAUUUUCGAUGCAAUUAGCAAUGCGAAACACUUGAUUUAUAUAACUGGUUGGUCUGUUUAUACUGAAAUAACAUUGAUAAGAGACAGAGAAAGAAGACAAACAGGAGAGGAUAUUACUCUUGGGGAACUGCUGAAGAAGAAAGCAGAGGAAGGUGUGACCGUUUUGCUUCUUGUUUGGGAUGACAGAACUUCCAUUGAAGAGUUCAAACGAGAUGGUUUGAUGGCAACUCACGAUCAAGAAACUGAAGAGUAUUUCAGGGGCUCGAAGGUUCGAUGCGUUCUGUGCCCACGGAAUCCUGAUGUUGGUAGAACCAUAAUUCAGGGGUUUGAGACAGCAACCACGUUUACUCACCACCAAAAAACAUUGGUGCUUGAUAGUGAAAUAGCUGGUGGAGGAACAGGGAAUAGAAGGAUCGUGAGCUUUGUUGGUGGUAUUGAUCUAUGUGAUGGGAGAUAUGAUACACCAAAACACCCUUUGUUUUCUACUCUAGAUUCAAUCCACUAUAAAGAUUUUCACCAGCCUAACUUUUCAGGCUCUUCAAUAAGGAAAGGCGGUCCUCGGGAACCAUGGCAUGACAUCCAUUGCCGCCUGGAAGGGCCAGUUGCUUGGGAUGUUUUGUACAAUUUUGAGCAAAGAUGGCGAAAGCAAGUUGGAAAUAACUCGUUGAUUCCAAUGCAUAAGUUUGAAGAAAUCAUUACUCGCCCAGUAAUGGCAUUACCAUCAGACGACCCCGACACAUGGAAUGUUCAAAUAUUUCGAUCUAUCGACGGUGGUGCUGUUGAGGGCUUUCCAGAGAUACCUGAAGAUGCUUCUAAACUAGGCCUUGUAAGUGGGAAGGAUAGUGUUAUAGAUAGGAGUACUCAAGAUGCUUAUAUUAACGCCAUUCGCCGAGCUAAAAAUUUCAUAUACAUUGAGAAUCAGUAUUUCCUUGGAAGCUCUUAUGGGUGGAAAUCAAAUGGUGUGAGGGUAGAAAGCAUCAAUGCUUUGCAUCUUAUUCCAAAGGAGAUUUCAUUGAAGAUUGUAAGCAAGAUUGAAGCUGGAGAGAGGUUUACAGCAUAUAUUGUGAUUCCAAUGUGGCCGGAAGGUAUUCCUGAGAGUGCUUCAGUUCAAGCAAUAUUAGAUUGGCAGAGGAGAACCUUAGACAUGAUGUACACUGAUAUAACUCAAGCUCUUCGGAAGAAGGGUCUCGACGCAAAUCCUAGAGAUUACCUGACAUUCUUCUGCCUUGGCAAUCGAGAGAAGAAGAGAACUGGAGAAUAUAUUCCACCGGAGAAACCAGAACCCAACUCGGAUUACGCUCGUGCUCAAGAGUUUCGACGUUUUAUGAUCUAUGUUCAUUCUAAAAUGAUGAUAGUUGACGAUGAAUACAUAAUUAUUGGGUCUGCAAACAUCAACCAGAGGUCAAUGGAUGGAGGAAGAGACUCUGAGAUAGCCAUGGGGGCUUUUCAGCCGCAUCACUUGGCAUCUAGUGAGCCUGCAAGAGGUCAAAUCUAUGGCUUCCGAGUGGCUCUCUGGUACGAACAUCUUGGUCUGUUUGACAAAGUCUUCCAUAACCCGGAGACUGAAGACUGCGUCCAAUUCGUAAACAAGCUCGCCCUAGAAAACUGGCAAUUUUACUCGGACGAUACCUUUGAUGGCGAUCUUCCUGGUCAUCUUCUUUCCUACCCCAUCGAAGUAGGCCCCAAUGGGUCGAUCUCGGCGCUUAAAAAAUUUGAACUUUUCCCUGACACGAAGGCUCGUGUUCUUGGGCAAUUGUCUGAUUAUCUACCUCCAAAUCUGACCACUUGAUGACAUGUCGGCUGAGCCCAAUUAUUAUCGUCUCGUCGUGCCUAGGCUUGUUUUAGAGGUCAAAUGAUGUAAAUAUGAUGUGUCUGUAAAGAUUUAGUCCUUAGAUUACUUAAUUGAUCAUAAAUUGCUUCAUUUCCUGGCUCUGGGUCUUGUAGAUCACGUUAAAAGGAGGAUUUAUGGCCACAUUUUGGUUCUUCCCUUAGCUUGCAGGGUAAACAAAUAGAAGCAUUAACUUGUCAUGUAUUGUUCAAGAGUAUUUUACAUUCAUUUGGAAUC